AUGAGUUCCAGAGAGCGCAGGACGACUCUGUUUGUUAGAGGGUUCGGCCCGAAUGUCCGUGCGCGUGAUCUCGCGUAUGAAUUUGAAAGGUUCGGCAGGCUGGUUCGUUGCGAUAUUCCUGCUCCCAAGUCAGCUAGGAGUCUGCCAUUUGCGUUUGUCGAGUUUGAGGAUUAUCGCGAUGCAGACGAUGCUUACAAUAGCAUGCAUGGAAAGAUGAUUGAUGGUGAUCGAAUUGAUGUUGAGUUUGCAAGGAAUCGACCCCUAACUACAUGGCGGUACGAAGGGCGUGCUCGUUCCCGCUCACGCAGUCCCCCUCGGAAACGUUCUCGCACUCCACCUCGUAGGCGGUCCCGUACUCCGCCGAAGCGCAAACGAUCUCCGUCGCCUCGCAGGCGGUCCCCCUUGCGCAAUUACAAAGAAAGAUCGCCGCCACGCACGAGGCAUGGGUCCCCUCGCCAUCAAAGCUCAUCCCCGCCCAAUUGGGCCGAUAGCAGUGCCUGGAGUGACAAAGCUACCAAGGACGAGGACAACAAUCUUGCUGGUGGAUGGGGCUCCCCCGGUGGCGAACACCCGCGUACUCCUCCACCGGAAAGUGGGGGCUGGUAG